AUGAGCCCAAGUUCACCAAAAGCGGACUCAGUUAGUACACUCAUAUUCUCCGGUGGCGAAAUUGAAGGCGACUACUCGUACGAAACCGAAAUAUGUGAAGGUGAGCGCCUGGGAGAGCUCUGCAACUUGAACCACGAUCAGGAGACAGGAGACGCAUCUGACAAGAAGGUCAAUGUAUAUGUCCGACUUUUUGAAGACAUGCUCGGGACUUUGAUAGAGACCGAGGCACAUUUAUUUGACCUUCCAGAACUUGAUUACUUCCAGAGAUAUGACAGACUUUCGCCAAAUGCAAAGUUUCUUAUGACGAAGCUUCUUUUACGAAAAUUCAAUGCAUGGCACCGUCUAGACUCCCUCAAAUAUGAAGCUGAAAUAGGUAGCAAAGAAGGGCUUAUUCAAGCUAUCAACGAGAUAUGCUUUGUACCAGGUCAAGUCAAAGUAGACACCAUAGAUGAAGAGGCCGUCAAGAUGAGCGUAGAGGAGAGGGAAAUAAUAGACCUCACAGAUGCACCACGUUCCCUGCCUUCACGCAUUCUGCAACCUCAGGAAAUACUUGCACCGCACUUGUAUCAACCCACACCACUUACACCCCUUAUUAUCAAGACCGAGGAAGUCCCAAUACCUUUAGAUGCAACACUCUCUGCUGCAAACGCUCUUGCUGGUCCCUCUUCUAUAAAACUCGAAGACCUUCCUAUGGCUGACACCAAAAUGAACCACGUCGAAACACUCCCAGAGCCCGGAGUCAUUCUAGCAGAGGACGAGUCUCAAAUGGACCUUCCUACCCUCCUCGAGUGCCUUAGAGUUGACGAACUACGCUGCAUCGCAAAGCAGAUGCGUGUCAAAGCUAGUUCAAAACCAUUUUUCGACAAACUACCCUCCCUUUUGGUCGCGAGACAGCCCAGAAACGACUGCGCGAUAUUGUUCUCGGUACACUGGGCAAGUGUGUGCGUGUACAUGAGAGCUUUCAUCGGUUCAACUCAAUCCUCCCAAGCUCUUCUUCUGCCCUCCCUGCUCUCACGGUUUAAGAAGCGCUCCUAUGCAAACAUAGCCUCCACACGUACGAAGGACAUCUGGCCUACACGUGAUGCCCUUCUCGCUUACGAACAAGCGCUUGAGCAGGAAGAAAUUGUAGAUGCCAUGUUCGCCGGGAACUUUGCAGCAGUGGGAGCUGAGAGGGAAUUUAAGACUCCAGCCACGGAUGAGCUUCGAUUCAAGACACCAGUAACACCAAGUGCUGCACCUGGAGCACCACAGACACCAAUUUCUACGAAGACUGUGCAGACCCCUGUAUCAAACACCUUUGCAACACCUGCUUCAAGUAGCAAGGGCAGGCCGCAAUCCAGAUCUGGUGUGUCUGGCAACACUGAGAAACCAGACUCCGUGCGUGUGCAUAGGGCACGACUAGUGAAGGAAAUUUUCGAGGAAGUGUAUCCGCACUGGCAGGCUCUAGUAAAGAUGAAGGAUGAAGGUGGUCUUGAGGGGGAAGAGAGAGGGUAUGGAUUAGAGAGGUUUGAGAGCGGGCACGUCCUAACUCGCCUCGUUUGUAAAGGCGCGCAUGCGCUCGGCAUUCUCGGGGAACACGAAUAUGAACUCAGUGUUCUCGAGUCCCUGCUUGCGCAGAGGCGGUGGCGUCGUGGACGACGGGGGAGAUGGCACGAGCGCCGGGCGCUGAUCCUAGAGAAACAUGUAGUCAGAUAUGAUGACGCGCUUUCGGCAUGCCUCGAUGCUCUUAAAGAUGAUGAUACACAUAUUGUAUUUCGCCCCAAACUUGACCGUCGCCUGACAGCUCUUGAAAAAAAGCUUAAAGUUGAGCCUGCAGAUCGGCAUACGAGCGAAUGGAACCUCCAACCUCUUGUGUUGGUCUCCAUUGAAGGAGUGCGCGUGCGCCACCGUGCAGGGAGUUUAAAACUCGACCGUUCCGGGCGGAACAUCAAUGACAAUGCCAAACCAAAAGUCUCUAUCACUCAAGCAGGAGACAUCACUAAAUUUUUGUCGCCGAAAAAGCCUGGCGUGACAAAAGUAGAUGCGACGCCUGUCUCGAUCAAAGCUGAGGCAAGGGAACGGAAAGAGGAGAAAGGAAAGUCCAUCUGGGUUGGACGAGAUAACCUAGAAGUGAAUGUCGAGACACUCGCACUUCAAUGGUACGAAGACCAAGGGUUCAAAGGCAUACACUCAGAAACUAGAAUCAUCACUACCCUCUUUGGUAUCCUCUUCUGGGAUAUCAUCUUCCUCCCCAUCCCCGGUGCCUUCGAGACCCCUUUCCAGACUGCACCGUUGGAUAUCGCAGAAGACGCAUUCUAUCAUGCUCGACGAGAUCCCAUCGAAACAAGGCUCAAGGAACUCGAGGAUGGACGAGGAGAGGAAAUUGUGAACCGAGUAGAAGCAGAGCAUAGAGCACGCAAGACAUGGUGCGUAGGUGUAGAUUGGGAAUUGGUAGAGGAAGGGGAGAUUGUAAAGAUAGUCCGUAUUAUGCUGGGCGCUGUUCCGGCGGUCCAGAUCUCUUUUUGUGGAAUGCGGAUACAGGAAAAUGCAAGUUCGUCGAGGUUAAGGGCCCAGCUCUGGAUCGACGUCCUUCUCCGAGCCGGAACAGCUGUGGAGUUGUGUUCAGUAUACGAGCAGGGUAAAGGGGAUGAAAACAAGACGGCGAAGAAGGGGAAGUCAAAGGGAAGCACUAAGAAGCGGCGAGGCAAAGCCAAGGAUAUUGUUGAAUCCGACGACGAAGAAUAUGAGGUGCAGCGCAUGUGCGAAUCUGAGGAUGACGCUGAUGCUUUGCCCGUUGCACCCGUGCGCAUGGACGACGACCAAGACGAAGGAACUUCUUCUAAACACUCUACUCGCUCACGAUCCUCUGCACACCCUGGAACGCCGAAUUGUAUGCCUGCAACUACCGUUAUUGAACCGUCAACGUCAACUCCUCCGCAUUUGUCCAAGAAGCGCAAGCUCAUUGCCGAAGUCAUUAUUACCACCCCUAGCCCCAGGAAGAAGAUCAAGUUCUUGCAGAACAGCGACAGUCCCGAUGUUUGA